AUGAGAAACAUAAACCAGCACGUACUAAAAUCUAAAGAGAGUUGUGCUAUUUCACAGAAUGAAUUUUCAAAAGAAAUAGCAGAAAUACCUGCUUUGGAAGUUGAGACACCACAAGAGAAAUUUAAAGAAUCUGACGCUGGGGAUGGUACAAAAAGGAAAGAUCAUAUAUUGACAGGUACCAAAUUUUAUCUAUGCGUGUUGUCUCUUAUUUUGUGCCUGUUUUUGAUUGCUCUUGAUCAGAUGAUCACAGCUGCUGUUUUGACAGUGAUAUCAAAUUAUUUCAACGAGUUUGACAAAUUGACUUGGAUUACAUCGGCAUACAUGAUUCCUAUGGGUUGUUGUGCACAGGUUUGGGGACGCCUAUCAAUCAAUUUUGGGCGAAAAUGGACGUUAGUAACUGGAAUCAUAUUCUUUGAAAUCGGGUCACUAAUAUCUGGCGUUGCUAAUUCAAUGAAUAUGCUCAUUUGCGGAAGAGCUAUUCAAGGAAUUGGAGGAUCUUGCAUUCAAACGGUUGUCACUAUUAUCAGCACAGAGAUAACAACUAUCGAUAAAAGACCGAUAAUUAUUGCAGUCAUGGGAUUGACUUUCGUUUUUGCUUCGGCUUUUGGUCCAAUUAUUGGUGGAAUUUUUGGAACAUACUUGUCAUGGAGAUGGUGCUUUUAUCUCAACUUAUGUUGUAGUGCCAUUAUUUUCCCCUUUUUCAUUCUAACUUACAAGCCAAAAAUGCCAACAACUACCAUCAAAGAAAAGUUAAAAACAGUUGAUGUGCUCGAUAACUUUUUAUUGAUGUCAUCUUGCGUUCUUUUACUACUUGGACUUUCACUUGGCCAAACAUCAAAUGACUGGGGAAGUGUCUCCGUAAUCAUCUGCUUUGUUCUUGGAGGUGUCUUGUUUAUUAUAUUCUUGAUCUGGAACUUCAAAUAUUCAAAAUAUCCAGUUAUUCCAGGAAAUAUAUUUUUCAACAAACAAAUAUUCAUCUCCUUUAUGAUCAUUAUGCUGUCUUAUAGCUGCAUUAUGGUGUGCAUACAAUUUUUGAGUGUAUAUUUCGAAAACGUAAUCAAUCACAAUGCGUUUCAUACAGGUCUUUCUUUAAUUCCUCUUGCCGUCACAAUCUCAUUGACAUCAAUAAUCAGUGGCAUACUCAUGAAAGUGUUCAGUCUUAUUAAGAUAUACUCACUUAUAUCCGGAUUCUCACUUCCCAUUGCUGUUGGAUUGUUGAUACUACUCGGCAUAAAGGAAAAUUUAGGGUACACAAUUGGAUUUCAAAUUCUACUUGCCGCUUCAAAUGGGUUAAACUUCCAAGGUCCAUUUAUGAUAGCUAUGCUAUACGCCCCUAAAGAUCCAGGUUCAACGAUUUUGACAACUGCUUUGAUAAACUUUGGACGAAGUAUAGGUACUGCUGUAUUUUCAAAUAUUGGGGAAGAGAUCUAUACUAGUACUCUUCAAAAUUAUCUAGCAAAGAUAACAGGCUCACUUCAAGGGACCGCGUACUCAGUUCAAGCGAUUUUAUUAAGAAGUGACUUAAUUUCCAAAAUGAAUAAGCAUGAUCAUGAUCUAAUAGCCGAGCAGAUGCUUAAAAGUAUUCAUAACGUGUUUUGGAUGGUCUUUGCGAUUUCAAUAAUAUCUUUAAUUUUCACUUUCUUUAUGUCAAAUCGAAAGUUACCAAAGAAGAGCGAGAUUGAAACCUAA